AUGGACACCGAAAGUCGCUCAGAAUACGAUGAUUUUGUUGGAGAAUCUACUAUCCUGUAAGCUGAAUAAAAUGAUGAUUAUUAUCCUGAUGAUACCAUAUGCAUUUUUUGUUCCAUUUUUAGGUUAACUCUAUCCCCGCGGGAAUCGGAAAAGUCUUCAAAAAAUGUAAGCCGAUCUCUUCCAAUCCAAAACAAAUUUAGCAACAAAGUAUGAUCGAUUCGCUCGCGGAUGUCCGCUCCGUCCAUGCCAGUGAUCUGACCAAUUCCCGUCAGAGUAUCGUCAUGGGCCCUUCUGGGUUCGUUUCUCCAAACCCUAUCAUUUCUGGAGGUGUUCUUGUUCCGGGAACUCUGAAUCCGGGUGAAUUUGGAAUCUAUUAUCAUCAUGCGUUGAACACCGAAACUGGAAUCAACGCCACUAAAAUCCGACCAGUUCUUAUUUACAAAACCUUUUUUGGAUCUGUAAGUCUGAGUGUAAUUGUGCAUAUAAAAUUAUUUUAGAUGAUCGCUCGUCCGCUUGAAAAGACCGAAAAUGGAUGGAUAAUCCUGGGGCAGAACUUCACUAAGAUAUGCUUUCCUUUCAUCAAAUCUAUGAUCUCUUUCCUUUCUCACCUUGGUUACAGUACUCCUGGAAACCCCCAUCAAUUCGAACAUCUUCCCUUUUGGACAUUCCGUGGGUACAAUACGCUGGAAGAGUGUGCUGAAUACAAGGUCGAACCAAAGAAGAUGGUACCAGGAAAUAAUAUCUAUAUCCCAUAUUAG